UGAAAUGUGGGCCAAUAACACCUCACGCGCCAUAGCCUACCCUUCUCUGUCUGAGCCAGAUACAUCGCGAAGCAGUCGGGAGACAGUUGUUGCGUGCACAUCACGCGCCACCACGGAGAAUGGGAUUGAAUUUGGCGGUCAUCACUAUAAACAAAAAACCGGUCGAAGUGGUCAGCUUGGCAGAGGAUGAAUUUGAUAAAGAAGAAGAAGCCACCAAAAUCCAGAACCGCCCACCCGCGUCCAAGACAAAAGAAGAGGGUGAACAAUAAACCAGAUAUAGUAGACAUUUUCGCAACAAUCCAUUGAUUAAAUCUUUUUAAUAAUUCUUGUUUUACAUUUUAAAAAAAGUCCUCAGAGGAGAGAGAAAAAAGAACCCAAAAUGGUACAGUACUAAAUAGUUUUUCUUGACCUUUGAGGACCCAUCAAUCAACUCUUUUUUUCAGCUCCAAUUCAUGAAAGUAUGGAUAAACAUGCUUACAGAGGUUGAAUCUCUUUUUUGAAUUGUUUUCAGAUCCAUUUAUUAGUUGGGAAAGCAAUCCUUCCAAAAAAUAGAGUGAUAUAUGUUCUUCUUUUUGUGUUUUUGAGCACGAAAGGCUAAAGAUUUUAGCAAGAGUCAAGUUGGGUGUAUUUUUGUGUAUAUUAUGGUAGAAGAUUGGAUUUUCUGAGGUGGGUUGCGAUUAAAUUAGCCGGAAAAUGGAAAAUAUUGGGACAAAAUCGGCUGCAGCUGGAGCAGGAGCAGCAGCUGCAACACCCCCAGCUGAGGAGCUGCUGAAGAAGAUUCAAGAAUUGGAAGAAGGGCAUGCCCAUUUGAAGCAAGAGAUGUCUAAGCUGAUGAUUUCAACCACUGAUGAGAAAUCUGAGAGGCAGCAACAAAGGUCUCAUUCUAUAUCUCCUCAGCGUUCUCGUGGGCCGCGGCGGCUGGGUAGUGGUGGUGCUGUUGGCUUUGACGGUGGCAUAGUGGCCGCGUGGAAAAAGGGUUCUGCUUCUUUUCGGCAUUCCUCACCUUUGAGAAGGGAAAGUAGGAGUAGGGAUGCGUAUGCUGCUGUUGGUGGCGGUGGUGGGCCGACUGCUGUAAAAUUUACUGAUAAGCAGUAUUUGAAUAUAUUGCAGUCAAUGGAGCAGUCUGUGCAUAUAUUUGAUCUUAAUCGUCGUAUUAUUUACUGGAAUCGGAGUGCUGAGAAUCUUUAUGGUUAUUCAGCAGCUGAAGCUUUAGGACAGGAUCCCGUUGAGCUUUUGGCAGAUGCCCAGGACUAUGCUAUUGCCAGCAAUAUAAUCGAUCUCGUGGCAAUGGGGCAAAGUUGGACUGGUCAGUUCCCUGUCAAGAACAAGAAAGGAGACAGAUUUGUAAUUGUUGCCACUGAUACCCCUUUCUAUGAUGAUGAUGGCACUCUGGUUGGGAUUAUUUGUGUAUCUACUGAUUCAAGACCCUUCCAAGAAACAAAGGCAGCAUUGUCAGGGGCAAGGCAGCCAGAAGCCAAUUCAAGCUUUAGUAGGCCUAAAAUGCUUGCUUCUGCUAAACUUGGGCUUGAUCCUCAACAGCCUCUUCAAGUUGCAAUUGCCUCGAAAAUAUCAAAUUUGGCUUCCAAAGUGAGCAGCAAGGUGAAGUCAAAAAUGAGGACAGGAGACACUAGCACUGAUCAUGAGGGUGGUAGUGAAGACAAUAGCAUUGAUCAUCUCUCUGAUCAUGGUAUCUCAGAUGCUGCCCUCUCUGACCAUAGAGAGGAUGCGGCUUCUAGUGGAGCUAGUACACCACGAGCAGAUUUGCACCCUUCACCAUUUGGAAAAUCUUCUCAAGCUACUUAUGAGGAGCUCUCCCCUGGAAACAACUCCAGAGGUUCAGGGGAUGAGGGUGAAGGAAAACCGGGGAUCUCUAAGAUCAUUACAUCAAAGGCAGAGGCAUUGAUCAGUAAAACUGGUUUAACUUGGCCGUGGAAAGGAAAUGAUCGAGAGAACUCUGAGUCAAAGGCUACUCGUUUUGUCUGGCCAUGGUUACACAAUGACCUAGAGAAUGACUUGGAUCAACAGAAAACAUCUGCAGUUCCAGCAAAGCCAGACAAUCAGGAAACUAACAGGAUGGUUAAUAAUGAGGCUUCGGGCUCCUGGUCCUCAUCAUUUAACAUUAACAGCACCAGUAGCGCUAGUAGCUGUGGAAGUACAAGCAGCAGUGCUGUAAAUAAGAUUGACAUGGAUAAUGACUGCUUGGACUAUGAGAUCUUGUGGGAAGACUUGACAAUUGGGGAACAGAUUGGGCAAGGUUCAUGUGGAACUGUAUACCAUGCUCUGUGGUAUGGAUCAGACGUCGCUGUGAAGGUGUUCUCUAGGCAAGAAUAUUCUGAAGAUGCGAUAUUUUCCUUCCGACAGGAGGUGUCUCUCAUGAAAAGAUUGCGGCAUCCAAAUAUUCUGCUUUUCAUGGGUGCAGUAACCUCACCUGAACGUCUCUGCAUUGUAACAGAGUUCCUGCCUCGUGGAAGUUUAUUCAGGUUACUACAAAGGAAUAUGGGCAAAUUAGAUUGGAGACGUCGUAUUCACAUGGCUUUGGACGUAGCACGAGGCAUGAAUUAUCUUCAUCAUUGCAACCCACCUAUUAUCCAUCGAGAUUUGAAAUCUUCGAAUCUUCUUGUUGAUAAGAACUGGACUGUAAAGGUUGGCGACUUUGGUCUGUCACGUCUUAAAAGAGAAACAUACCUGACCACCAAGACAGGGAAAGGAACGCCUCAAUGGAUGGCUCCAGAAGUUCUUCGAAAUGAACCGUCGGAUGAGAAGGCGGAUAUAUACAGCUUUGGGGUGAUAUUGUGGGAACUUGCCACUGAAAAGAUCCCUUGGGAUAACCUCAACUCUAUGCAGGUAAUUGGAGCUGUAGGAUUCAUGAAUCAACGACUUGACAUUCCUAAGGACGUUGAUCCGCAGUGGGCAGCAAUAGUUGAGAGCUGCUGGCAUAGUGAACCGCCGAACCGUCCAACCUUCCAAGAACUAGUUGAAAGGCUUAGAGAUAUGCAAAGACAGUCUGCCAUUCAAUUUCAGGCCUCACGAGCUGGCACAGGAGAUGGCAGUCAGAAAGAGUUGUAGACACGUCGUAUAACUUGCUCUUUGCUUGGAACAUUCACCCACUUCUCUCUCAAUGGUAACAAACGCUGGUGGCAGGUUGAUGAUUAUGGCAUUGCCAUGAAUGCUUGCUUGCAAUGUUGAAAAAGCUCAACCCAAGGGCUGGUCGAUAUGAUGUUUGCUAAUACAAGAAAGUUUGAUGCAGAAAGUUGUCAUUUGUGAAGCCUGUCAAAUCAUGCAUGUCAUACACUGGUAGAUUGUAUCCAAUUGCUGGUGCUAUCGAUGACCUCUCAAGCAUGUCCAUCGUGUGCACUGGCAAAUUUGUUGUACGAGCAGAACAGAUUUCAUUCAGAGAUGGAUGGGAUCUUAACAGUUUCAAAGCAAUCAAAAUCUCUGUAUAGAAAACAAAGAAACUCUAGGAACUCUACAAGUCCAACUGAUACUCUGAUUUUGCCGUUGAAGAGAUCUGUCUGUAGCUUCGUGAUUUUUGAUGCAAUUAGUAUUAUUUCAACAAAGUCGAUAAAUAUGUCUCUGACAAUAUUCCGAGCUAGAUGAGCAUAAUUGCCUAAUAAA